GGAGGUGUACAGAUUAACCUCCUCUCUCGUCUGUCUGGGUGAGGAAACAAACCCCGGAACGGACGGCGAUGAAGUGGUCACGGUUUUCCCUCCUCGUCUUGGGGGUUUUCUCGCUGUGUUACGCCACGUCUGGUGACAGCAGUGGCGUGAAGAAGAUGAAGAUGCAGUUUGCCACGGGACCCCUGCUCAAGUUUCAAAUUUGCAUUUCCUGAGGGUACAAGCGGGUGUUUGAGGAGUACACGCAGGCCUUGUACCAGCGGUACCCAGACAUCCGCAUUGAAGGGGAGAACUAUCUUCCCAUACCCCUCUAUCGACACAUUGCUUCCUUCCUGUCUAUGUUCAAGCUGCUGGUGAUUGGGCUGAUUAUUGUUGGCAGGGACCCAUUCGCCCUCUUUGGUAUGCAAGCCCCCGGCAUCUGGGAGUGGGGUCAGGGAAACAAGAUUUAUGCUUGCAUGAUGGUGUUCUUCCUCAGCAAUAUGCUUGAAAACCAGUUAAUGUCUACAGGAGCGUUUGAGAUCACGUUAAACGAUGUACCAGUGUGGUCAAAACUAGAAUCAGGUCACCUGCCCUCCAUGCAGCAGCUUGUGCAAAUCCUGGACAACGAGAUGAAGAUGAACGUUCACAUGAACACAAGACCACACCACUCCUAACCGUACCCUUCACAUCCUGGCUGGAGCUAAAAGCCCCUCCAUGUUUGAGGUGGGUUUCUCUCUGGGCUGUGAAGUGAUGUUUAUGAAGGUCUGCGCUGAAGGCAGGACAACUGCUAGCACAGACUGGAUGUCCCCAUCACUCUUCACCGUGCCCCACAGAGACAACCCGCCCCUGACGCUAGAGUGGGAUCCAUGGCAACAGUGCCGGCCAUUGUGUCAUUUUCUUGUACUUUUCAUACUACUGCAGAAAUCAUCCAGGUGGCAUCGGUGGUCCCGUAAUGAAAGAUUUAACUUUGAUUCUUAUAGUCUUUAACUUGUUGCAUAUAAUUGAACUAUGUGAAUAAAAAAGCGGUGUCAUUUGUACCACUGAGCCAUACGUAGACUUGCAGUUUUUAGUUCUAAUUGUAGCUUAGCCAUGUAGAAAAUGCAACACCUAGAAUCUGUCAUCACUGUUGUUAAAUUAACAUUGGGGAAUUGUGUCUUGGUAUGAUUUCUGAAUAAUUUUUAUAUUUACAUAACUUGAAGGAAGCUAAGAAGAUUAAUAAAACAUGUUAUAACUAUUUAA